UAAGUCAGGUUGUGAAAUGGCUUCGCUGUUGCUAGAUGUGUUACCGAAAUUUGCCCUUGCUAAGCUGGCACAGAUUGCCGGCGAGCAUGGUUUCCUACCGGAUGCCUACCAGAUAGAUUGUACACCCGGUUCCAACGAUGGCGAUGGUUACAUAGCGCGGAUUGUCCGCGUUACGAUCCGUGGCCAACGGUGUAAGGACGGAGUUGCGAAGGCCGAUCAGGAGUUAUCGCUGAUUUGCAAGUUUCCCUUUGACGAUCACCAGCAGCGGGAAAAGUUUAACUCGAUGUUGCUGUUUGAACGGGAAGUGUACGUUUAUCGUGAAGUUCUACCGGAGUUGACAAAAAUUCAGCUGGAUCAUGGAUUAAAGCAAGGCGAUGAUGUGGGGUUCUGGAGCUUCCCGCACUGUUAUUGGGGGAUGUUCGACAAGGAGCAACAGGAGUCGAUAUUGAUUUUGGAAGAUUUGAAAGCACGUGGCCUGGAGAUGAAAGAUAAAAAUGUGCCAUCCGACUACGAGCAUGUUGAAACGUUGAUGAUUGCAUUGGGUAAGCUGAAUGCUUGUUCGUUCGCAUUGAAAGAGCAACGUCCAGACAUAUUCGAAAAGGUUAAAAAACUUGACGAUCUUCUGUGUACGGUCAUGACAACGGAGCAGACAAAAACGUUGGCGCGCAGAAAUUGCGAGCUGGCGGCCUCGAUUUAUACCGGUGACAAUGAAACCGAUAAAUACUGGAGAGACAAAUUUCUGUCGCUGAAGGAUUCACUGUGGGACAAAACACGCACUCGCAUUGCAGGUCAGAGGGCAGAACCAUACGCUGCCCUGAAUCACGGAGAUUGUUGGAUUAACAACGUUAUGUACGGAUAUGAUCAAACGACCGGGAAAGUAAAGGAAAUCGUUAUGUUGGACUGGCAGAUGGCUCGCUACAGUUCUCCAGCGCUAGAUUUUACGAACUUUAUCUAUCUUUGCGGGCAGAUUAGCUUAAGAAGAGAAAAGUUUAAUGAUUUAAUAAAAACUUUUUACGGAGCGUUUUCCACGACCUUGGAAAAGUUAGGUGGCCAACCGAGCCGGUCGUUACCUUUGGAAACAGUACUUCUUCAUGUUCAAAAGUUUGGUGCACAAGUUCUGGCACUAGGAACGUUUGCUAUGCCCAUUAUGACUAAACUACCGGAGGAGUUUUUCGAAAACGACAAUCGCUACAAACAGGAAUUUAAGCCCCAACUUACAGUAUAUACAAAUAUGAUGAAAGAUUUCAUUUCAGAUUGUGGCAAAUUUGACGAAUUAUAAUAAAUCAUCU